AACAGUGUGUUUUAUAUUAGUACAUUUCAGCCUCAAAACUAGGAAAAACAGGAAUGGCUGUGGAGGAACUUCAAUCUAUAAUAAAGAGAUGUCAAAUCCUAGAUGAGCAAGACUUUAAAGAAGAAGAUUUUGGCCUAUUUCAGUUAGCAGGCCAAAGAUGCUUAGAUGAAGGGCACAUAGACCAGCUAUUAGAAAUUAUUCAAAAUGAAAAGAAUAAGGUCAUCAUCAAGAAUAUGGGCUGGAAUCUUAUUGGGCCUGUUGUUCGAUGCCUUUUAUGGAAUGAUAAGGAAGAUGAUAAAAGAAAAUACUAUUUUCAGAUGCUUGAUUUAUUAGUAAAGUUAUGUAAUCCAAAGGAAUUAUUGUUGGGUUUGCUUGAGCUGAUUGAAGAGCCCUCUGGAAAACAGAUAUCCCAAAUUAUCCUUCUUUUACUUCAGCCAUUACAAACAGUGAUUCAGAAACUUCAUAACAACAAGGCAUAUUCAGUUGGAUUAGCAUUGUCUACCCUUUGGAGUCAGCUAUCUGUCCUUCCUGUUCCAUACUCAAAAGAACAAAUACAAACAGAUGACUAUGGCCUUUGUCAGUGUUGUAAGGCCUUAAUAGAGUUCACUAAGCCUUUUGUGGAAGAAGUCAUGGAUGACAAAGAACACUCACUUGAAAAUGAAAAGUUAAAGGAUGAAUUACUGAAAUUUUGUUUCAAAAGUUUGAAAUGCCCUUUGCUGACAGCACAAUUCCUUGAGCAGUCUGAAGAAGCUGGAAAUGAUCCUUUAAGGUAUUUUGCAUCUGAAAUAAUAGGUUUUUUAUCAGCAAUUGGACAUCCUUUCCCCAAAGUGAUUUUUAAUCAUGGAAGGAAAAAGAGGACUUGGGAUUAUCUUGAAUUCGAGGAAGAAGAAGACAAACAAUUAGCAGACUCUAUGGCUUCUCUGGCGUAUCUAGUAUUUGUACAGGGCAUCAGUAUUGAUCAGCUUCCAAUGGUCUUAAGCCCAUCGUACCUUUUACAAUUUAAUAUGGGGCAUAUUGAAGUCUUUUUGCAAAGAACAGAAGAGUCUGUUUUCUCCAAAGGAUUGGAUCUGUUGGAGAAUGGAUUAUUGAGAAUAGAAGAUAACAGUCUACUUCACCAGUACUUAGAAAUCAAGAGUUUUCUUACUGUACCUCAGGGCUUAGUCAAAAUAAUGACACUUUGCCCCAUUGAGACAUUGAGGAAAAAGAGUUUAGCUAUGCUUCAGCUGUAUAUUAACAAGUUGGAUUCACAAGGAAAAUAUACAUUAUUUAGGUGCUUAUUGAAUACAAGUAAUCACUCAGGUGUGGAGGCCUUUAUUAUUCAAAAUAUCAAAAAUCAAAUUGACAUAUCAUUAAAGAGAACGCAUAACAACAAAUGGUUUACAGGACCACAGUUGAUUUCCCUUCUAGAUUUGGUACUCUUUCUCCCAGAGGGUGCUGAAACAGACCUACUGCAAAACUCAGAUAGGAUAAUGGCUUCAUUAAAUUUAUUGAGGUAUUUGGUUAUCAAAGAUAAUGAAAAUGACAACCAAACUGGAUUGUGGACAGAACUUGGAAAGAUUGAGAAUAAUUUCUUAAAGCCACUCCAUACAGGACUUAAUAUGUCAAAAGCACAUUAUGAAGCAGAAAUUAAAAAUAGCCAGGAAAAUAGCCAAGAAGUCCAGAAUUCUAAAGAUCUCUGUUCUGUAACUGUAGGUGGAGAAGAGAUCCCUAAUAUGCCUCCUGAAAUGCAGCUUAAGGUUCUACAUUCAGCUCUUUUCACAUUUGAUUUGAUUGAAAGUGUUCUGGCUCGAGUAGAAGAACUCAUUGAAAUGAAAACAAAGUCUACCUCUGAAGAAAAUAUGGGAUAAAUUGAAAGCUCCAUCUCCUAAAUAAAAAAACUAAUAAAAUACCGUAUUUUCCAUUAUGAUUUAUUUAAUACCUUUAUAAAAAUUUUUCUGUACAACACUCCCUGAUAGAAAAAUAAAUGUAGCUUUUCUCAUUUAUCAGUUUCUGUAAUGACACAUUAUGGAUCAGCAGUAUUCUUUGGUUUUAUAAAGAUAUCUACAUGGUAAAUAAUCCCAUAUAUGUAUUCUAAAUACUACUGUUGAAAAUCCAAUACAAAUUAAUAAUUUUUUAUUUUAAUUUCAUAAAAUAUAGUUGAAUUGCCUUCAUUCGUACAAUUGUAGCGAGUUUAUAAAAAUACUGAUAUAUUUUAUGUUCCAGUUAGAUGCUGUGUUACAUUUUAGAAUUCCUAGUGUCAAACUGGAUAUCACACCCCUAAGAGUGUAGAGAGGUUCUGAGUUAAGGCCAGUUGACUGCUUCUCUUCUCUCUUUC